GUGACUGCAAAUAUGGGACACACAGGAACAGGUUUUAUGUUCCAAGUUGUUGUGUGGAGCAUUCUGACUUCUAGUUCAUUGGGAGCAGAGCCAAUAUCCACAGCCCUGGAGACAUCUCCAUGUCCAGCACCCUGUGUGUGCACGUAUGACUACAGUGAGGAGUACAGUGUGUUCUGCAGCUCCCGAAAUCUCACUCAUGUUCCUGAGCUGCUGCUGCUUCCCAGCGCUCGAUCUCUAUGGCUUGAUGGAAACAACCUUACAAGUGUGCAGGCAGGAGCCUUCAAUAAUGUCGCUUAUCUGGACUUUCUCAAUCUGCAGAGCAGCCAGGUAGCUAACCUAGAGCAAAACGCCCUACAUGGCCUCAAGGCUCUGGCUCAUCUCCACUUGGAAAGGAACAUGUUGAAAUUCUUAUCUCCAAACACUUUCACUCAUACUCAGAAUUUGGUCUCCCUUAGCCUUAACAACAACCUCUUUUCCAAAGUUGAAGAUGGACUGUUUUCCGGUCUCUCAAACCUGUGGUACCUUAAUUUAGGUUGGAACUUGUUAGUGGUGUUACCUGAAAUGGUGUUCCAAGACUUGAAAAACCUGAGGGAACUCAUCCUGGCUGGGAAUCACCUGGUGUAUCUGCAGCCUUUGCUCUUCGUUAGUCUUGGGGAGCUAAAAGAACUAGAUUUGAGUGGGAACACUCUGAGAGGAAUUAAGGCUAAUGUGUUCACAAGGCAGCAGAAGACCCAAAAACUCUAUCUUAAUCACAACCACAUUUCAACUGUUGCUCCUAAAGCUUUCUCAGGCAUGAAGACCCUACGUUGGCUGGACCUGUCUCACAACCGACUGUCAGCUCUGUACGAGGACACCUUUUUUGGUCUAUCAGGCCUCAAUGUUCUACGUCUGACCAAUAAUUCUCUCACAAGCCUAAGGCCUAGAAUUUUCAAGGAUCUCCAGUUUUUAGUUGAGCUCAACCUCGGCCAAAAUAAAAUCAAGAUUCUCCUGGAACGGACUUUUGAAGGUCUUGGUCAACUCGAGUUGCUGUCUUUGAAUCACAAUAACGUUCAGGAAAUCCGCCAAGGCUCAUUCAUUGGGCUGCUUAAUGUUGCAGUAAUCAACCUGUCUGGAAACUGCCUCAAGUCACUUCCAGAACGUUGUUUUAACGGCCUGGGGAAGCUUCACAGUUUGCACAUGGAGAACAGUUGCCUCAGCCAGGUCAAGUCGCAGAUGUUUGCUGGCCUCUCAACUAUCCGAAGGCUCUUCCUACAACACAAUGAAAUUGUAGCUAUUGAUGAUCAUAGUUUCACUGACCUCCACGAUCUCCUAGAAUUGGACCUUCGAUUUAAUAAAUUGACCCAUCUCUCAAGCAGAUCAUUUAUAGGAUUAAAGAACCUCUCGUAUCUUCUUCUUUCUUCCAACCAGAUUCUAACCAUUUCUCCAGAGGUCUUCAUGUCGGUCCAGCAGCUCCAAUGGCUGGAUCUCUCAGACAACCAGUUAAAAACCCUGACUGAAGAAACCUUUGUGCCUUUGUCCUCCUUGCGGUAUCUCAGUCUCAAGAACAACUAUUUGAAAUCUCUCUCGGUGGACUCCCUGAUUGCUCUCUCCACUAUGCAGCAGCUGUGGCUUAAUGGAAACCAGUGGGACUGUAGCUGCUCUCUGAAAGGACUACGAGACCUUGCCCUGAGGAACAGCACCAUUGUCCCUCACCUGGUCCAGUCGGUAUCAGAAGGGGAUGACACUGCCAGUCCAGUCUAUAAUAACAUCACAUGUGCCAGUCCUCCAGAAGCCAUGGGACAAGACAUACGAGAUCUGAGUGAAGGCCACUUUGCCCACUGCUUGUAACUCGUCAUAUUAACAAGUAAUUCCCACAACUUCUGUCCAGAUCCAACUUCUGUGAUAGUGCCAAUAUGUUGUUAGAGUGAGGUCCAGCCUUGUAGAAUAGGUAGGUAGAGCUUUGCUAGCUUCUCCAGACAUGCCCCACAAAUCAGUACCCUACAUUACAUAGGAGGGGCCACUGGGGUAAAUGAUAAUAUGUUACUAGCACUUCAUGCAGUAGAACCUACAGGUAACUGGGAUAUUAUUUUCUAAUUGCCCACAUAUGUACAUUUUUUGCCAGUCUAGAUACUUUUUCACACAAUGCCCAAAGGCUCACGUAGCCUAACAAUGGGGGGCUAAAGUCAUGUUGGAAUUAUUGUAAGUCUGGCCCAUAAUUCCCAGUAGCUCUGGCAGGUUUAUGAGCAGGACAAGACAUUUCCAUGGAACAUCCGAGCCACAUAAGAUAAGCCUGUCUCACACCUCUAUGUAUCAAUGAAACGAAGCCAUUUACUGCUGUGUAAAACUUGCACCAUUUGUAUGAAAAUAAACGUUUAUAAGAUGA